AUGAAGUUGAACGAGAGCAAGAAAGUCUUGGUGAAGAUUGCAGCGUUAGACGACCACAAAAAGUGGGUGCUGGCAGUUGAGAGCGGAAGAGUCGAUCGUGUGGCUGCUCUGGUUCAGGCUGGAAGGGGAAAGAAGCUUGGUGUGAAAGGACUCAUCGCUCAAUACGAACAAGCGGCGAGGAAGCUCUACAAACCGAAGGGUUUUACGAGAGAAGAGAUCAUGAUGUCCAUUGUUCUCCUCUGGAUUGGUGGUAACUGCGUGGGAUCCUUCGCCCAUUUGGCUAUGUCACUCCCUAGCGUCACAACUGCACGGAGGAAUGCACUACUCCGGCCCAUCACAGUGUCCGCCUCGCACCCCACUGUGUCGGAGAUUGAGCAAAAUAUAAAAGAAUCUAUACAUCGAUCCUCACCAGAGCUCAACAUAAACCAUGAAAUCGACGUCGCCUACAAUCUCGACCCUGCACCCGUUCCCCAGGCUGUUCCUCCAGAAGGCAACGAUAACGGCAGCCGGCGCACACGCACACGCGGUAAAAAACGACCGCAUUUGGACCGAGGAUGUCACGGUUGCGGGGAGGAAGUAAGUUUGAUUGAGAGAGAGGGAGGAGAUGCUAUUGAGUGCAAGGGAGAGGGUUGCGAGACUCUAUGGUUUCACCUGAAAUGCGUGAAGGUUAGCCGUGGAGUAAAGUCUUGGAUGUGUCCGACUUGUUUGGAUAUGGGGGUGAAGUGUCGUCACAUGUAG